AUGCCUGGAGGUGUUGAAUUAAAGUUAAUUCAAGGUGUUGCGGAGCAACUGAAGAUACAAUUUGAAGUACUUCCAAACGAUUAUCCGGACCCUGGAUUCGAGAAGCUUAAAAAUGGAUCGUACAAAUAUAUGUUUGCUGAUUUAUACAAUAAGAAAGUUGAUUGCUUUUUAGGAUUCAUCGGAAUGUACCAAGAAGACUGCGUCACAUUUGAUUGCAGUUUCCCGCAUUACUUUUCGCACAUGUCCUUCUUCGUUCCGUUGGCUGAACCAUUGAAAAUUUGGAUGAAUAUGUUUCUUAUCUUCCAGUUACCUUUAUGGAUAUUCCUUUUGGUCAUAUUUAUAUUAAUAUCCACUUUAUGGAUGUAUUUACAGAAGAAGCAAACCUUCGUUAGUAGUUGCUUUUAUUUAUUUGGAUUGGUUUUCAGUUCAGCUCCAAAGCAACCAACAGAAACCAAACUGCGUAUGGCUUUUUUGGCAUGGAUUCUGUUCAGUUUCCUUAUUGCUAAUGGUUUCUUAAGCGUGAUGGUUUCAUUCUUGAGUAAACACAGUUACGAAUUUCAAAUCUCGAACGUCCAUGAAAUGCUUCAAAGCAAUUUACAUUUUGGUGGUUUCAGCUAUUUAAAGACGUACUUUGAUGGUAAUGAUACAGAACAUAAUAUUAAGCUGUUUAGAGAAUUCGUCGAUUGUGACGAUAAAGAGAUUUGUUUGGAUAAAGUUGUUAAGUUUAGAAACUUUGCUUUGGUGGAUGACACCAGGAUUAUUUUAUAUAAUAUGAAGAAUAAGGGGUAUAAAGCUUUCAUGUUACCCAAUAUUAUAACUGCUUUUCCUAGUAUCUAUUUAGAUAAAGGUUCACCGUAUCUGGAUAGAAUUAACGAGGCAAUUGUAGCAUUGUACGAAAAUGGUCUAAAUUCGAAAUGGGAUCCACUAUUAAAGGUUCACCAUGAAGCGGUAUUAGAAGGAGUAAUUGCUUUGCGACUUGAACAUUUGCAAUGUUCAAUAUAUGGUUAUAUUCUGGGCAUUUUUAUAUCAGUAAUGUGUUUUAUAUGGGAAUUGUGUGUCGAUAAUAACAAAUCUAAGAUUUUUGUCUACCAGGAUUAA